UGUGAGUAAAUGGCUCCUCCUGCUAGAGAGACGGAGCUGAAAGAGCGGAGAACUGGGGGGGAACAUUAAGAAAAAAUAUAAAUAAAAACCGAUUAAAUAUAUAUAUACAUAUAUAUAUCAUCCGUAGCCGCCUCGCCAAGAGCGUUGUACAGUAGGACAUUAAUGGAUUUCUCGUUUUGAUCUGAAUGUUACAACUCGGUCUGUAUUAGAGGGAAGGGUUCGGUAUUUUCUUUUAGGUAAUAAACUCCCCAAAUGAACUCCGUCAGAGCAACCAACAGAAGACCCAGGCGAGUGUCGAGGCCGCGCCCGGUGCAGCCAGAGAGGAACAACCAAGAGAGAGAUGAGGAUGUUCCUGCAGAUAUGGUUGCAGAAGAAUCAGGCCCAGGAGCUCAGAACAGUCCAUACCAACUCCGCAGAAAGUCUCUGUUACCCAAGAGAACCGCGUGUCCAACCAAGACCAGCAUGGAGGGAGCCUCCACGUCCGCAACAGAAAACUUCGGCCAUCGUGCCAAACGUGCCAGAGUAUCAGGGAAAUCCCAAGACCUGCCAGCUGCCCCAGCUGAACAAUACCUCCAGGAGAAGCUUCCAGACGAGGUGGUGCUGAAGAUCUUCUCCUACUUGCUAGAGCAGGAUCUCUGCCGUGCUGCCUGUGUGUGCAAGCGCUUCAGCGAGCUCGCCAAUGACCCUAUCCUCUGGAAGAGGCUUUACAUGGAAGUAUUUGAGUACACACAUCCCAUGAUGCACCCUGAGCCUGGGAAGUUCUACCAGAUCAAUCCCGAGGAGUAUGAGCAACCAAAUCCAUGGAAGGAGAGUUUCCAGCAGCUAUACAAGGGAGCACAUGUGAAGCCUGGGUUUGCAGAGCAUUUCUACAGUAAUCCUGCCAGAUACAAAGGAAGGGAGAACAUGCUGUACUAUGAUACCAUUGAAGACGCCCUGAGUGGAGUCCAAGAGGCCCACUUCGAUGGUCUAAUUUUUGUCCACACCGCACACAUCUACACUGACGAGUGGAUCUACAUUGAAUCGCCAAUUACGAUGAUUGGUGCAGCGCCGGGGAAGGUGGCAGACAAAGUGAUCAUCGAGAACACGAGGGACUCCACAUUUGUGUUCAUGGAAGGAUCAGAGGAUGCUUAUGUGGGAUACAUGACCAUCAGGUUCAACCCGGAUGACAAGUCUGCCCAGCACCACAAUGCCCACCACUGCCUGGAGAUCACAGUGAACUGCAGCCCUAUCAUUGACCACUGCAUCAUCCGCAGCACCUGCACAGUGGGUUCAGCGGUCUGUGUUAGCGGUCAAGGGGCGUGCCCAACUAUCAAGCAUUGCAACAUCAGCGACUGUGAAAACGUGGGCCUGUACAUUACGGACCAUGCGCAGGGCAUAUAUGAAGACAAUGAGAUCUCCAACAAUGCACUAGCUGGCAUCUGGGUGAAAAACCAUGGCAACCCCAUCAUCAGACGGAAUCACAUCCACCACGGCAGAGAUGUGGGGGUUUUCACCUUUGACCAUGGCAUGGGCUAUUUUGAAAGCUGCAACAUCCACAGGAACCGCAUAGCAGGUUUCGAGGUUAAGGCGUAUGCCAACCCGACGGUGGUGCGCUGCGAGAUCCACCAUGGCCAGACGGGGGGCAUUUACGUGCACGAGAAGGGCCGUGGCCAGUUCAUCGAAAACAAGAUCUAUGCAAACAAUUUUGCUGGCGUGUGGAUCACGUCCAACAGCGACCCCACCAUUAGAGGAAAUGCCAUCUUCAACGGCAACCAAGGCGGUGUGUACAUAUUUGGUGAUGGAAGGGGUCUCAUUGAAAGCAAUGAUAUAUACGGCAAUGCCCUGGCGGGCAUCCAGAUCCGGACCAACAGCUGCCCCAUCGUCCGCCACAACAAGAUCCAUGAUGGACAGCAUGGGGGAAUCUAUGUGCAUGAAAAGGGCCAGGGGGUGAUUGAGGAAAAUGAGGUGUACAGCAACACCCUGGCGGGGGUGUGGGUAACGACAGGAAGCACGCCCGUCCUGAGGAGGAACCGGAUCCACAGCGGCAAACAGGUUGGGGUGUAUUUCUAUGACAACGGUCAUGGAGUUCUAGAGGAUAAUGACAUCUACAAUCACAUGUACUCUGGAGUCCAGAUAAGGACUGGUAGCAACCCCAAGAUCAGAAGGAACAAGAUCUGGGGGGGGCAGAAUGGAGGCAUCUUGGUAUACAACUCUGGAUUGGGCUUCAUUGAGGACAAUGAGAUCUUUGACAAUGCCAUGGCAGGAGUGUGGAUAAAGACCGACAGCAACCCCACACUACGCAGGAACAAAAUUCACGAUGGCAGAGAUGGUGGGAUCUGUAUAUUCAAUGGAGGACGAGGGCUGUUGGAAGAGAACGACAUUUUCAGGAAUGCCCAGGCGGGCGUUCUCAUUAGUACCAACAGCCACCCAGUACUGCGCAAGAACCGAAUAUUUGAUGGCUUUGCCGCAGGAAUCGAGAUCACGAAUCAUGCCACAGCGACCCUAGAAGGCAAUCAGAUCUUCAACAACCGCUUUGGAGGGCUGUUUCUGGCAUCUGGCGUCAAUGUUACGAUGAAAGAUAACAAAAUACUUAACAAUCAAGAUGCCAUUGAAAAGGCUGUAAGCAGAGGUCAAUGCCUGUACAAGAUUUCCAGUUAUACCAGCUACCCAAUGCACGAUUUCUACAGGUGUCACACCUGUAACACCACAGACCGAAAUGCCAUCUGUGUGAACUGCAUCAAGAAGUGCCACCAGGGGCAUGAUGUAGAGUUCAUACGGCAUGACAGGUUUUUCUGUGACUGCGGCGCUGGGACGUUGUCAAACCCUUGCACGCUGGCGGGAGAGCCGACUCAUGAUACGGACACUCUGUACGACUCUGCCCCUCCUAUAGAGUCCAACACGCUUCAGCAUAACUGAGCUGCUGCCUCCCCGAACCCAGAGACUCCACGAGUAAGAAAUGUGGAGGAAAACUAGAAAUAAACGUUUAGACUAAAAAAAAAUAAAUAAAUAAAAGGAGAGAAAAAAACUUGGACAAUUCAAGUUGCUCCCAAGCUGAAUGGAGACCCCUUUAUCUAUUUAAGAAAAAACACUGCUCAGCUGUCGGUGGACACGGUGCUUUCUUUUCUGUUCCUGCAACAUUCGGACAAAGGGUUAACAGGCAAACGGCAGAGAGUAGUACUAACACGUUGACUCAGGAUUUGGAAAAACGCAGGAAGGUGGCUUUUUCUUUUUGGAGAGGGGAACUGCCUCUGAGACCCCCCCCCCCCCUCCUCCCCCCUAAAUCCAGCAGGGGUGACGAGAUGGGAAAAGUGAAACUGCAGCUUUGUACAGAAACAAGCGGAGCCAUAGUCCCCCACCAGGGGUGUUCCUGAACAGGAAGCAGAUGCAGCCAGACUGCUACCCUGGCAACCGCUGGGCUGGUAUAUGUAUGCUAAAAUGUGACCUAGCACUUCUGCUUUUUAAAAAAGAAAAACGAAAAUGGGAAAAAAAUGAUUUUAAUGCUUUCUCAUGUAGUUUUGUAUUUCUAAGCAAAUCUUACUGUACUUGAAUGUCUCUUAUAAAGUUUUUUUUUUUGUUUGUUUUGAGUAGCACACCCUUAGACUUGCUGUAAUUGUACUCGUGUCCCAGUAUCUAAGUUCUUUCUGUGAAAGAGAAUAACACAGUUUGGAUGAUAACAGGAAAAAAAAAAGGCAAAAAAAAAAACAAAAA